GUUUACUGUAAACAGCUGUAGAUGUCAUAACAUAAACAUAACCAAUAUUACGACGUGCAUCACUAUUAUUUUUGUAUUUUAAUAAAAUUCCACAAAUUAAAAAAUAUUAAAAAAUAAAGCAAUGGCAAAACCUCCGCAGCGUGAUAUUAUCAAGAUAAUAUUCCAAAAUUUCUUUAAAUCUUUUAGACCCCGGCAGAUUCGUGGCAACUACAUUGGAGAGGAUUAUUUUGGCAAUAAAUAUUUUGAAAUACCAGCAGAUCCAUCAAUUGGCAAACGUAAAGCUUCUAGAUGGUUUGAACCGGCCAAUAAGGAAGCCUUUGAUCAAGAACUAACCGCUGAAUGGGAGGCUUGGCUUAGAGGACGCAGAGAUGACCCUCCCACUAAAGAAGAGCUGGUAAGAAAUUUACAAAUUAUGGACAUGAAAAAAAGAAAUGCCGCUGAAUUGGAUGCCAAGUAUGGCAAGAAGGAUGAUCAAGGCAAGUUGGUAGCUCCGGAGAAAGAGACUAUAGGAACUUUUCCUAAAUACAAGGAAUAUGAAAUUAUUCCAAGUAAGGAUCCAGAGAAGAAAUUUUAAAAAGUUUUUAGAGUAUAAAAAUGUGCGUGAUAAUUUAUAUUAAUUAAAUUGUUAGAUGUUUAAUGUUAUAUUUAAUUAAAUAAAUUUUAAAGUAUAUUGGAUUUAUUUCAUUUAAAAAA